AUGGACGAGGUUGUUACUCUCACAUGUAACAUAGAGAAUGGAGGAGGUGUCCAGAACUGGAGGUACAGAUGGAAUAAAGAAGGUUCAGACCAAACUGUCAGUAAUGAUCACCAGUACAGUAUCUAUGUUGAAGUAGCUGAUGCGGGUAAAUACACCUGUACAGGAACAGAGACAGGAAGCUCACGUUCCUCACACCCCAGUGAUGCUGUUCUACUGACUGUAUCAGUAAAACCCAAACCAACUGUGAGAUUAGAACCUCAGAGUUUCAUCUACACUGGAGACACCGUUACUCUGACCUGUGAUCUGAAUCAGUCUACAGGAUGGACUUUCAUCUGGUACAGAAAUGAUCAGGAAGUAAAUUCUCAGAUCUCUGCAGAUAAAAUCACCACCAACAAACUCAGUGAGAAACUUUCUAAUACAGGAACAACAAAGUACAAAUGUAGAGCACAAAGAGAAAACAACUACCACAACAAAUACUACUACUACAACUACAACUCACUGCACAGUGAUCCAGUUACUGUUACAGUGGAAGGUGAAUCUUCUUCAGUUUCUCUGAUCAUCAGUCCCAGCAGAACUCAACACUUUACUGAUGAAUCUCUCUCACUGAGCUGUGUGGAUCAGAGUAAAUCUACUGAAUGGAGAGUGAGAAGAUACACUGAUGAUCGAGGAGUGUUAGACUGUUCAACAGUAUUGGGAACAUACAGAAGAUGCCACAUCAGCUCCCUCAACACAUCCCACACUGGAGUGUACUGGUGUGAAUCUGAAUCUGGAGGCAGCAGUAAUCCUGUCAACAUCACAGUGCAUGAUGGUGAUGUGAUUCUGGAGAGUCCUGUUCAUCCUGUGACUGAAGGAGAAUCUCUGACUCUACACUGUCUGUAUCGCAAAACUAAACCCUCAAACCUCCGAGCUGAUUUCUGUAAAGAUGGAUCAGUGGUGCAGAACCAGACCUCAGGAGAGAUGAUGAUCCAUCACGUCUUAAAGUCAGAUGAAGGUUUCUACCACUGUAAAUACAUAGAGGGAGGAGAAUCACCAAAGAGCUGGGUGAUCAUCAGAGUGUCAGAAGCUUCGUUAUCGGUGCUGAAGAUGAUCAGUAGUGCUGUGGCAGCCUCUCCGUAUCUGCUGUCCACCAUCAUCCUGGUGAAAUGUUACAGAGCUCGAGGAGAGAUUGUUACUCUCACAUGUAACAUAAAUAAUGGAGGAGGUGUCCAGAACUGGAGGUACAGCUGGAAUAAAGGAGGUUCAGACCAAACUGUCAGUAAUGAUCAGCAGUACAGAAUCAGUGAUGUUACAGAGAAUCAUGCAGGUAAAUACACCUGUACAGGAACAGAGACAGGAGGCUCACGUUCCUCACACCCCAGUGAUGCUGUUCUACUGACUGUAUCAGCAAAACCCAAACCAACUGUGAGAUUAGAACCUCAGAACUUCAUCUACACUGGAGACACCGUUACUCUGACCUGUGAUCUGAAUCAGUCUACAGGAUGGACUUUCUUCUGGUACAGAAAUGAUCAGUCAGUAAAUCCUCAGAUCUCUGCAGAUAAAAUCACCACCAACAAACUCAGUGAGAAACUUUAUUAUACAGGAACAACAAAGUACAAAUGUAGAGCACAAAGAGGAAACUACUACAGCUACUACUACUCACAGUACAGUGAUCCAGUUACUGUUACAGUAGAAGAGAGACCAAAAGCUGCUGUGAUCAUAAAUCCUGAUAAUCACGUGUUUAGAGGAGAGACUGUUACUCUCACAUGUAACAUAGUGAAUGGAGGAGGUGUCCAGAACUGGAGGUACAGCUGGAAUAAAGGAGGUUCAGACCAAACUGUCAGUAAUGAUCAGCAGUACAGAAUCAGUGAUGUUACAGAGAAUCAUGCAGGUAAAUACACCUGUACAGGAACAGAGACAGGAGGCUCACGUUCCUCACACCCCAGUGAUGCUGUUCUACUGACUGUAUCAGCAAAACCCAAACCAACUGUGAGAUUAGAACCUCAGAACUUCAUCUACACUGGAGACACCGUUACUCUGACCUGUGAUCUGAAUCAGUCUACAGGAUGGACUUUCCUCUGGUACAGAAAUGAUCAGUCAGUAAAUCCUCAGAUCUCUGUAGAUAAAAUCACCACCAACAAACUCCGUGAGAAACUUUCUAAUACAGGAACAACAAAGUACAAAUGUAGAGCACAAAGAGGAAACUACUACAGCUACUACUACUCACAGUACAGUGAUCCAGUUACUGUUACAGUAGAAGAGAGACCAAAACCCACUGUGACCAUAAAUCCUGAUAAUCACGUGUUUAUAGGAGAGAUUGUUACUCUCACAUGUAACAUAGAGAAUGGAGGAGGUGUCCAGAACUGGAGCAGUGUAGCUUUUAUCAGCAGAUUCUGGAUGGAAUUUAGAGAAACAAAACCCAAACCAACUGUGAGAUUAGAACCUCAGAACUUCAUCUACACUGGAGACACCGUUACUCUGACCUGUGAUCUGAAUCAGUCUACAGGAUGGACUUUCUUCUGGUACAGAAAUGAUCAGCCAGUAAAUCCUCAGAUCUCUGCAGAUAAAAUCACCACCAACAAACUCAGUGAGAAACUUUCUAAUACAGGAACAACAAAGUACAAAUGUAGAGCACAAAGAGGAAACUACUACUACAGCUACUACUACUCACAGUACAGUGAUCCAGUUACUGUUACAGUAGAAGAGAGACCAAAACCCACUGUGAUCAUAAAUCCUGAUAAUCAUGUGUUUAUAGGAGAGAGAGUUACUCUCACAUGUAACAUAGAGAAUAGAGGAGGUGUCCAGAACUGGAGGUACAGCUGGAAUAAAGAAGGUUCAGACCAAACUGUCAGUAAUGAUCAGCAGUACAGAAUCCAGUAUGUUACAGAGAAUCAUGCAGGUAAAUACACCUGUACAGGAACAGAGACAGGAGGCUCACGUUCCUCACACCCCAGUGAUGCUGUUCUACUGACUGUAUCAGGUGAAUCUUCUUCAGUUUCUCUGACCAUCAGUCCCAGCAGAACUCAACACUUUACUGAUGAAUCUCUCUCACUGAGCUGUGUGGAUCAGAGUAAAUCUACUGAAUGGAGAGUGAGAAGAUACACUGACGAUCAGGGAGUGUUAGACUGUUCAUCAGUAUCAGGAACAGUUGGAGAAUCUACAUGCAACAUCAGCUCCCUCAGCACAUCCCACACUGGAGUGUACUGGUGUGAAUCUGAAUCUGGAGGCAGCAGUAAUCCUGUCAACAUCACAGUGCAUGAUGGUGACGUGAUCCUGGAGAGUCCUGUUCAUCCUGUGACUGAAGGAGAAUCUCUGACUCUACACUGUUUAUAUCGCAAAACUAAACCCUCAAACCUCCGAGCUGAUUUCUAUAAAGAUGGAUUAGUCGUGCAGAACCAGACCUCAGGAGAGAUGAUGAUCCAUCAAGUCUCAAAGUCAGAUGAUGGUUUCUACCACUGUAAAUACCCCGAGAGAGGAGAAUCACCAAAAAGCUGGGUGAUCAUCAGAGUUUCAAAAUCUGUAGCCACUAUUAUAGGAGUUGCUGUAGGAUUAAGUUCAGCUUUGUUGCUGCUGGUACUGAUCUUACUUUGGCGCUACAAGAAGAACAAAGGUGCUGGUGAUAUUUAUGCAAAUACUCAUGUACUGACUAACCAGAGCAGAGGAAAGAUAAGUGUGGGUGCUGACACUGUGUAUUCAGAACUGAAGCAGAACACAGACUAAGGUCUGCAACACAUUCCAAAAAAGUUGGGACAGUAAAGCAUUUACCACUUUGUAAUGUUGCCAUUCCUUUUCACCACUUAAAAGAUGUUUUGGCACUGAGGAGACCAAGUGAUUUAGUGUUUCAGCUUUUAUUUUGUCUCGUUCUUCCUGCAAACACGUCUUAAGAUGUACAACAGUACGGGGUCAUUAUUUGUUUCAAAAUUCUCCACACAUUCUCUAUUGGGGACAGGUCAGGACUGCAGGCAGGCCAGUCCAGUACCCAUACCCUCUUCUUCCACAGCCACGCCUUUGUAAUGUGUGCAGCAGGUUGUUUUGCAUUAAUGCUGCAUCACAUACUGUAAGUGUAAAUGACCUUUGCCAAGGGCACCGACACCCCCAUACCAUGAUAGACCCUGACUUUUGGACUUGUUGCAGAUAGUCUGAAUGGUCCUUUUCAUCUUUGGUCUGGAGCACACGGCGUCCAUUUUUUUUCCACAAAAGACCUGGAAUGCUGAUUCAUCUGACCAAAAUGCAUGUUUACACAGUGUGAUGGUCCAUCCUAGAUGCCUCAGAGCCCAGAGAAGUUGACUCCACUUUUGGACAUGGUUAACAUAAGGCUUUUUUUCUGCACAAUAAAGUUUUAAGUGACAUUUGUGCAUGUAACUUAGUAUUGUAGAGCUUAAAAUAACCUUCAAGGCAAUACUGGUGUAGCGGAAUGCUGCUAAAGGAUGAUUUCAUGAAUUAUUUUACUUCAUCAUGAGCUCUUCAUUUAAGGGCCUGUUUAUCUUCAAGAUCUUUACAACCCCAAAAUGGAGUUUCUUCCCCCACAUUUACAAGCACUCUCAAGCAACAUAAAUUAUGUUAUGAAUUCGUUUUUCCUGGUCAGUUCUCCUUAAAUAUGCCAGUGGUGCCCCGUUUUUGAUUAUUAGCUAUUAAUUACAUAAUUAAAUAAUUAAUUGCUAACCUCUAUUUUUCACAAUACUGGUUAAGGCGAGAAAGCAAUGGAUAAUUUUAUUCUGAUUAGAGAAUAAUGCUUCUUUAAUACAGUCCAUUUGUAAAUGCCAUGUGUAUUGGAAUAUAACUGUAGUGACUGUCACCUCAUCCUCCAACCCGCUUAAAAAGCUUUUCUUUUUUUCUGCUCACUUGAGAUGUAAGGGUCACUCUCACCCACUUAAGAAACUUUUUUUUUACAUAUUGAUGCAGAUGUUACUUAUCAGAUGUUCUUCACUUAUUUUAGUGGUCAGGCCUUGUCUGGGCAGGCCGCCAUUUAAACUUAUUUUUGCAAAACUUGCUGAACUGAAUAUUCUAGGAAUGCAGUCAUUUAUAAUGUAUAUUUUACAGCUGAAGCUGAUGAGCAGAGACAUCAGAAUUACAUUACAUUAGAAUUAUAAUCUAACUUUUUAACAACAUUAAAUAACAGCUCAUCAUUAAAAAAAGGUGCACUUACUAAAUAUAACAACAUUUGUAUGCAAACUUUUCAAUUAUGAUUAUUUUCCAAAUCCUUUUAAUUAUUAAGAAAUAAACAAUUUCCAAUA